UUAUAAAAACUGUUAGCAGAAGAUUUGCUGGUUACAGAAAAUCAGCUAGAUAUUCCCAAAUUUAUUAGACAUGCAAUGCAAGGGCCCUCUAGUCUAGAAUAUACAACGUAACACGCAUCAUCUGAGUUAAAGCGCAGGCAAGCAGAUCGUCCUGACUCCUGAUGGCACAGGCACACCACCCUCUUCUCCUACUAAUUCUUUUGCUCUUCCUCUCCUCCACUGCCAUUCCUUCCUCCAAGAGAACCCAGCCGAAGUUCUCUGCCGUCUUCUACUUCGGCGACUCGGUUCUCGACACCGGCAACAACAACCAUCUCCCCACGGUAGCUGUGGCGAACCAUGCUCCUUACGGAAGGGACUUCCCAGGGAAGAAACCGACGGGGAGGUUUUCCGACGGCCGGCUUAUCCCAGACCUCCUCAACGAGAGGCUGCAGCUCAAAGAGUUCUCGCCGCCGUUUCUGGACGCAAGGCUUCCGAACAGCGACGUCGCGACGGGGGUGAACUUCGCUUCGGCUGGGUCAGGAUUCAACGACCAGACGUCGCGGCUGUCCAACACUCUGCCGAUGUCGAAACAGGUGGACCUCUUCGAGGACUACCUGCUCCGGCUCAGAGGCAUCGUUGGGGACAAGGAGGCUUCCAGGAUCGUUGCCAGAUCUCUGAUCUUUAUCAGCUCGGGGACCAACGAUUUCUCACACUACUACCGUUCGCCAAAGAAGAGGAAGAUGGAGAUUGGUGACUACCAGGAUAUUGUUCUCCAGAUGGUACAGGUUUAUGUCAAGGAACUGUAUGACCUUGGGGGGCGACAGUUCUGUUUGGCAGGCCUUCCGCCGUUUGGCUGCACACCUAUCCAAAUCACGUUGAGCGGAGACCCUGACAGGGCAUGUGUGGAUGAGCAAAACUGGGAUGCUCAUGUCUACAACUCUAAACUUCAAAGACUUCUUGCAAAGUUGCAAGGCUCACUCCAUGGAAGCAGAAUUGUGUACGUGGAUGCAUACAGAGCUCUCAUGGAAAUCCUGGAGAACCCGGCCAAAUAUGGAUUUACAGAGACAACACGAGGAUGUUGUGGGACUGGGCUCAGAGAGGUUGCUCUGUUGUGCAAUGCAUUCACUCCUACCUGCAAAAAUAUCUCAUCCUAUGUAUUUUACGAUGCUGUGCACCCAACAGAGAGGGUUUACAUUCCAGGAUACAAGAGCUUAUCGUAUGUCAUCUAUCAAUCUAUCAUGCUAUGCAUGAUGUAUUGAUGUGUUAUUGGAUUACUGAACAAUGGAAUUAAUAACAAUAACGCAGCCUCCCCAGGAUGGCAGGUAAGCAUUUUUACAAGUGAAGUUAAAGCAAAACAGAGAUGCAAUGGUUGAACACAAAUAUUAUAGGCUCGGCUCCAAAUGCAAAACGAAUCCUCUGUCGGCUCAGUAUGAAGAGGAUAUAAAACCAAGUAGUUAGGAAUAACAUUGUCAGACCCACUUUUUGCUAGCAAUGGGUUAUAUUAGUUGCAAUCCCUCCAUCAAAGAUUGUCCUUCAUAGGUAUUGAAUAAUGGUUCUGAAUUUUCUUGUACGUCAUGCUUGCGUUCAUCAGUCUUGAAUCUGUCUUAAAGAACAGUGUUUAAAUUUGCUGUUGCA